CCCUUAGCGCGGGCACACAGCCUCCAAAAACAUGUUUUUGAGCUCAAAAACCUGAAACUGUUUUAUAUUCUGCCAGAAAACUCGCCCCUAUGCCUGUUUUAGGUCCUGACUGCAUAUGGACAAGGGACACAACUUUAUUCCUUUAUAUAGGCCUCUAUCAUUACGAUUAUUAAUAUAUUUUCUAUUUUCAGCCAUGCGGCGUCUCAUUCCACAGGUAUUUAUAUGCUGCGGCGCACAUGCGCACUGCAUUUUGUAGAUUUCUUUUUCAAUUAAAGUGUAAAAUGACUGUCCAGGGCAGGUAACUUAUUUUUAUUCAUUUGGACAACAUUAAGGUUAAAACCACAUAAACUAUAUCUGGCCUUUCUAUUGCUGUUUCUGACAGAUAAUAGCUUCAGUUAAACUUCUGCUCAGUUAAUAAACCAUUAAAUGGACGUUUUGCAUAAUGAAGGUGGCCUGUGCUGAUGUCCUGAACACACGAGACUAUACCUGUGGGAAACGUCUCUUUACGUGUGUCUAGUGUGGAGGUGGUGCAGGCUUACAUCGACAGGAUCCAAGAGGUCAACCCCCUGAUCAACGCCAUGGUACAAGACAGGUUUUCUCUGGCACUCCAGGAGGCAGCGCAGGUGGACAAACUGAUCGAGGAGGAGACUGGGGGAGAAGAUGUGCUGGAGGACAGACUGCCCCUGCUCGGGGUGCCUCUCUCUGUCAAAGAGUCCUUUGCUGUUCAAGGUAUGUCCCAUACAGCAGGUUCACUGGCCAGAAGGGGCAUACUGGCAACAGUGGACGCUCCAGCAGUGGCACAGCUGAAAAGGGCAGGUGCGAUCCCACUGGGCGUCACCAAUAUCCCAGAGCAGUGCAUGUGGAUAGAGUCACACAACCACCUGUACGGCAUGACCAGAAACCCAUACAAUCUGGACAGGAUCGCAGGGGGCAGCUCAGGAGGAGAGGGCAGUAUUCUGGGAGCUGCUGGUUCGGUCAUUGGAGUGGGUUCAGACAUUGGCGGCAGUAUUCGUUUUCCUUCUUUCUCUAAUGGCAUUUUUGGACAUAAACCCACUCCAGGGAUUGUGUCAAAUGACAACCAACUCCCCCCGUUCUCUGGCCGCCAGGAGGAGCUCUUGAGCACUGGCCCCAUGUGCCGUUAUGCAGAGGACCUCCUGCCCAUGCUCAAGAUCAUGGCUGGAGCCAAUGUUGACAAGUUGUCUCUAAAUGAAAAGGUUGAUUUGAAGAAGCUGCGUUUCUUCACAGUCCCAGACUGUGGAGAAGCCCUCUUCACAAAUCCAGUCAGUGAAGAACUAAAGCAGGCUCAGAGGAAGGUGGUAGAGCGACUCGAGGCGGAUCUUGGAGUGAAGGUUGAAGAGGUUCAUUUUCCAGAUCUGAAACACUCCUAUGACAUGUGGUUCGUCAGCAUGAGCCUCCCUGACCAAGAAGGCAAGUUGCCAGACAGCUUUGAGAAGUUGCUUGGUGAACCAGGACCUCCAGUGUGGCCACUUUGGGAGCUUCUCAAGGCAAUGGUGGGGAAAUCCGAUCACACAAUUCCUGCAAUCUUCUAUGCACUCUUAUCCAAGAUGACCAGCCCUCCUCUCUCUGCCCUGAAGAUUAGAGAGAAACUACAGGAGGACUUUGACCAGCUCCUUGGCACCGAUGGAGUUUUACUGUACCCAACCUUCACCAAAGUGGCCCCCAAACACCACCAUCCCCUCUUCGCAUUCUAUGAUCUUAUUUACACCGCCAUCUUCAAUGUUCUGGGUCUGCCCGUAACUCAGUGCCCUCUGGGGCUGAACGAGGAGGGGCUGCCUCUGGGGGUGCAGGUGGUGGCGGGGAAGCUACAAGACCACCUGACAAUCCAGAUGGCCGUGUAUCUGGAGAAGGCUUUUGGAGGCUGGAGGGACCCUGGGGCCAACUAAACACAGUGUAAAGAAGUCACAGCCACAGGGCAUCAUUUUUGUAAUCCUCACUACACUUACCUGCACAGAAACAGGCCUGCUACUGUUAUAAGAGGAUUUCUCUGACUGGACGGGGUGUAAUUCAGAUUUCUCAGAGAUUAGAACUGGAGAACUCUUGUCAGUAGGGAUGUAAACCAGCCAGCAUUGGACCCUCUACCUAUUCAUUUAUAUUAGAAGGGGUCUUCUUGUAAGGCUUCAUGCCCUGGGCCCCCAGAUUUCUGUCGAUGGGCCUGGAUAUAAUGAUACCCAAAUAUCGGUACGAUAUUUAUUGCAAUACUUUGGCAAGGCUAAUAGAAUUGUAGAUGCAUUGUUUGUUGGAUUGUUACAUCGUUAUGUGUCAGUAUUUUUAACCUGGGACUGGUUCUCUGGAGAAAUCUCUUUAUAAUUGGACAAGUGUACUCUUAUUAGUGGUGUAGGUAACUGUAGUGACUGUUGAAAAGGCCAUGACAUUUUAUCCAAUCCUUAUUCUUCCAAGGUUUAUUUUUAUAGCCUGUUCUGCACAAACACAAACCGUUUAAGCUAAACUGAAAGGUGGGUUUAGAGACGAACAUAAAAUGUGUUUAUGUUCAAAUUUGCUUUGGACCUGUGUACCCCAUUUAUAUUUUAAUACAUUAAAAAAAAAAUCAUACUGUUA